GGAUGAUAGCUACUGGCAUAGUUAACUAAAUUCAAAAUUGGGCAUCACCUGUGACUGAAAAGCAGCGGUCUCUUCAUCCUCCAUCUCCAUCCACCACGCUAAAUAACUGGCUGCUUGACCAGCCGGUUGCUUGCCUCCCGCCUAUCCUAUCUCCGCGAAGGCCCAAUGUCUGCUCUAUGACAACCCCAGAUGCACUCCGAGAUGCGGAACACAUCGCUGACAUCUCCAAUUUUUCGCACGACAAUGAUGACGAACACCAGAUGUCGUCGCAGCUGCUGGACUCCAGAAAGGAUAUCCGGUCAAAGGCGAAAACCGUUCUCCUCAAUCGCCUCCUGCAUGACUUCGAUCUCCUGAUAUACUGCCAGCUCUCUUCGCUGUAUUACAUGGACUGCUCUAUCUUCCACUUCGCCAUCCGGGCAGUCAUCCAAUUCGGUUAUCUCACUCCCAAACCUACCUUCGAGCCUCCUGAAAAUCAGCCCUACAUCGGAGCUAUUCUCACCAGCAAUCUGCUCUGCAUGUUCCUUCAUUGCAUAUCCGCCGCGCCUAUUGCCGGCGAAGUCUCACGGGGCUACCUCCACGGAGGACUCUUCAUUGAUUUUAUCGGACAGAAGGGCCCGAUUUCAAAAGUUCGUCUGAUCGUCAUGGACAUCCUAGUUAUGAUCCUGCAAAUUAUUAUGAUGGGGGUCAUAUUGGAAAAGGAAAAGGUCAAGGCCACCUCGCCCCGUGAAUCGUCUAAUUCUGCAUCGGGGAGUCACUCGCCUACGUCCGACUCGCGUGCCUCCCAGGAUAUCGACUCGGAAGAGCGCGGUGUACGUCGUUCUAGGGAGACUGAGGCGCCAGGCGCUGAUGGCAUUGAGCUGCAAAAUUUGCAACCCUCAGAUGCGCAAAAUAAUAUUCACGAUGAAAGAAAUGAAGAAAGGGAUCACGAGCGGCACCGUCUGUUAUCUGAUGCCACUCCCGGCGCAGCGGAUCACUUCGAUAACUCCAUGCAUCCUCGCGAUGAAUUCCUUACGGGGGAUUCGGUGAUUAUGGAAUUGGACAUCUACAAAACCUUUCGCGAUCAAUGGCGGCGCAAUACAAGGACUAGUACACCCGCUGAAUCCUCCGGCUCGUCGACAAGCAUUUCCCCCCGCGUUUAUUUUCGACGACGGUUCGGGGCUCAUUUUGGUGCAGGCUUUUAAGCAGGCUUUUUCUUUUCUUUUUCUGUACGAUAAGUCUUGAAACAUACCCCUUUUUAACGACGUAUGAUAUUUAAACGGGUUGCAUAUAUCCACCCCCGAGGUACCAUGAGGCUGGGCGUUACCGGGUUCCAUGUAAUAGAAUACGGAGUAGCUAACGCCAUGAUGUAUAAAUAUCACUGGAGACGGUUGCUGGGCACCUUUUCGCCAUUUUAAUGCAUUUAUUCAUUCUA